GCCGAGUCGGCCGACGUCGGCCUCGAUCAGCCGCUCGGCGCUCAGUUCGAGUCGGACCUCCGUUGUAGUCGGAUUGUGUCGUUCUGCCGCGCUGUCUCUCUCUCUUUCUCUCUUUCUCCUUCUAUCUUUCUCUCAUUCCCUCCUGUGGGCACGCGCGCGCGGCCGCCAGUGUGGUGUUGUAUUUGUGUGUGUCUCUCGUUCUCCCUCUGUGUCGUCCCCCCCUUCACCCGCAACGACAACGAGUUCCGCCCAGUGAAAAAGAGUCGAGCUUUCCUGCAAACAAGACGCGUCCUCGACGGCAGUUGUUUGUUUUCUGGUUUCGCGGUGUCGCGGCUGACACAAACAGCCGAAGUCAAAGCAAGAAGAGAUCGUGCGCGCGCGCGACCGACCAGAGGAGGAGAGACAAACCGAGCGAGCCCCGCGUGUACCGUGUCGCGUCGUCGGCCGUGCUGUCGUGUGUGUCUCGUCAUCGUCGUUCCUCGGUGCGAAGAGUUUCAGUCAACGGAAGGAGAAGUAGGUUAGUACACGGUGGCUUUCGCGUACGCGGUGAAAUAUACCCGGCUCUCUAUGACCGACUACUUCUCUCUGCUGUACACCUUUUAACCGGACUCGCGAGUGUGUACCAUCCUGAUGUGGUGACGGUGACGUUCAACCGACGCGCACUUCUUUUACGUAACAAAAGCGCGCGCGUGCGCUUUCGUACGUAAUCCGUCUUGAUUUCUAUCCUUCUUGUAUGUCGGUUACAAGUGGAGAGAAUCUUCGAUCAUCGAUAGCAUGUAGUACGUCUCGAGUCUCGUGCGUGUUCGUGCUCCGUCCGAUCUGUCGUUUGGUCAUUUUCGUUUCGUUAAAUCAGUGCCUCAGUGGAUUUCGUGUUGUAUUCCCCCCGCCGUGCCCUUUGUGCGCGAUAGGCGUUGAUUUCGGAGUGUGCUUCGACGAGAGCGCGAAACUCGAAGCCCGUUUCGAUAUCGAAACGAUUCGAUUAAUCGCCAGGUUCAGUUGCCUCGACCAAGUUCACGGAGUAAAGCGCGCGUCAGUUCCGCGAACACCGCACUUACGUCGUGUACGAGUCGAAAGUAUAACCGUUCGUGAUUUUCAGUAAGGAGAUUCCGUCGCCCGGAUACGUUUCCAAGCGGAUACAUAACCGUGUACCAUAAACGUUGGAAAUCAUCGUUUUGUGCAUCGUGUACUAUUCGUUGAUGCAACUUCGUAUCGUGGUGUUUUUCGUUUGCACCAAGAGUGUGAUCGUUUAAACCUCCAAGUGGUGCGACUGUUUAAAGUGUGAUAUUUAAUCAGUGAUUUGAAAGAAAAGCCGAUUGUUCGGUAUAUGAAAAAGUGAAAGUUUUAUCAGUGCAGUACUACGCUAUUCUCUUGUGGAUUAUUGGAUAUAUUAUACCCUACGAUCUGCCGACGGAGCGCCACAUCGCUGCUCACAAUUUAUUGCCUCUGCGAAGUGAUGACCUGUUUAAUCUCCGACUCUUGAGAACGCUUCGCUUGCUGAUCAAUAUGUGGAUGCAGAGACAAAGCCGGAGUAGCUCGGAGGUGGAGGUUGCGCUUAUGCGCCCCGUAAGCACGGCUGGCUAAUAGCACCACGGCCCAUCCCUGACACCCUGCAGCCACACCAGGUAAAUUCAGCAAGGAUUAUGAAUUGAUUUUUGCCAAUCGGUCCUGAAUUAUUCUGGACCAGCAGUCGGCGUGACAUGGAUGUGAGCUUCACGAACGUAUUAGAGGGGGCUCGCCAGUACUUCCAGGGACUGCCGGUACCGAGUACAGGUGGUGCGACCGCGUCAGCGGAUCACAACCUCGCAACAUCAACGAGUUCCGCCUCGUCCACGUCCACGUCCCACGAGCAUGGCACCGCCUCCGUCACCGUGGCCCCUCCGUCACCGGCACCACCCGCACCGUCAGCACCACCGCCACUAUCGUUACCGUCGCAAUCGAAUCCGGCUACAAGCAGUGCUAACAGCAACACUAACAGCGCCAGCAAUAAUAACAACACCGAUCAACAGACCACUCGAUAUCUCAGCGAUGUCAGACCAUCGUCGGUGGACAAUGCUGCGACCAGUUCCAGUGGUUUCUGGAGUCCAUCGGUCGAACCUUAUCCUCCGCAACCGACCAGGGUCGAAGUGCCGGAUACGAGGCCAGGCGAUGAAAGCCCCUCCAUGGAGGCAAGCUCCUCCUCCAACAUCAUCACUUUAACGGAGAUGCAACCAUCGAAUAGCCGAUCCUCCUCGGCGUCUACUUUUUCCCAGAAACAAGCCUCGUCGUCAACCUCGUUGAACGAUCUUCAUCAUCGUUCGCAGCCGACGACGACUGCCACCGCGCCAAGUUCGCCGCGUUUGCACCAAAUGCAACCACCUCCGCAACCGCACUCGCCGGCACCGGUGUACCAGCAACUGAACCCUGUCGGUAGAACGUCCUUCUCCACGGCGGAGAUACUCGCCUCGACUCACCAGUCGACCUAUCAAACCGCCAAUGAUCGACAAUCUCAAUCGAGCGCACCGGUCGUUGUACAGAGAACUCAGUACUAUCCCCGUUAUCAUCACCCGGACAUCACGAAGAGCGCCCCGGUUCCGUUCAGUCAGAACUCGAUCUACCAAUCGUCCAACGUAGCGGCGCCGUCCUCGGGAAACGUUCUGCCGCCAACCAGGACAACACCGGCGGAACAGAGCAACCUUGGCUCCGUUCCUAGCCAAGGCCGAGUUCAAGAGCAAAGGGUGCCCACUUGCUACGGUAACAACGCGAUCCCGCCGAUGAACACGGCUUCUAAUUAUGGCCCGUCCGCGUCUCAGAAUUACCGAGCCUCCCCGCAUCAACAGCAACAGAAUCGAUCAAGCUCGUCGACAAAUUCGCAUUUGGACAGAUCGCACUCUUCGCGCCUCUCUUCGUCUCCGUCCUGUUCCUCGGCGAAUCCGUGCAGCCCUCGUCACGCCGGUAACGCGAGUCACAUUCCUUCGUCGUCUUCGUCUUCGUCGUCGUCGUCGUCUUUUCAAAAUCUUCCGGCACACAUUCCUUCGUCGCAUAUGCCGUCUGCCGGAACCGUGCACCCUCAGCAUCAUCCUCAACAACAGCAACAACAGCAGUCAUCUCAGAUGCAGCAUCAACUUUCUAGUCGAAUAAACGCGUCACCGCAUUCGAUCGGCAACCAGUCCUACGGCGGUCGAAUGAUGGUUCACGGGGUCUCGGCGUCGUCGUCGUCCUCCUCCUCAUCCUCCUCAUCUUCCAUCCCAGCCUCCUCCUCGUCGAAUCAGAUGCCACCACCACCACCGGCGCUAAGCGGUUAUCAUCCUGUCGCUUCACCCCAUGACGUUCCUCAUCACGCCACUCCAUCGCCGCACAGACAAUCCCCUCACGUGUCCACCCUACACAAUCCUCACGCUUCGCCCCAUCACACUCCCUCUCCUCACAGUAGCUUCCAGCCACACUCACCGACUUAUCCGCCACCACCUCCGCCGCCGCCGCCGCCGCCGCCGCCACCAUCCGUCGCUACCUCCACCCCUCAUUCGUACAACCUUCCGAUUACGACGCAGCAUUACCAGCCGAGUACCGGAUACGCCGCUAACCCGUACGGCAUGCCGCCCCAGUCUUCGUAUCAUUCCUUCCAAAAGAAUUCUCAACCGGUGCACACGCAACCAGCCGCCAGUUACUAUCCUCAGUCCGGUCGAUCUCAGAGCCAGCCGUACGUACAGCAAAUGCCGAUGCCUGCACCGCCGCAAUCGAUCUGCUCCGGAAGCGGAAACAGCAACGCUGGCACUGGUUAUCAGCAAAGCAAACCGGUCACCUACAAUGGCGUUGAUUCGAAGAGAAACUCAAUGGAGCUACCCUAUGGAUCCUAUCGAUCUCCGCAGACGUCCGUUCCGAGAGGCGGUAGUAACACGCACAACCUUCCACCCAUCGCAGCCCUCUCUUCCUAUCAUUCGAACAGGAGAGAAACCGCGAGCAAAGCGCAAGCGAUGCAACGGCAACGUGCCUACUCAGCAGCGAGCACAACGAACAAAGUUUCGGUCGUAACGCCGCCCAUUUCCUCCUCGAUGGCCGCGCCUCAAAGGGUACCAGAGUAUCCCGUAACUCUGGCCGGUAUGAAUCACGCGAUGCCGGUGAACGGAAGGACGACAACGGUGACGAAUUCCUCUUACAGCAGAUACGCGAACCAACACGGUUACUCUACCUACGCCACCACCAUGGCUCCCAGUCACCACGCCAAUAAUUCCUCCAGCAACACCACCGUCACCUCGAUCGGCGUCAACGUCGCGACCAGAUCUUCCGCUCCGGCUACCACGAUGCACGCCUAUGCCACCGACGCCAGUAGUCGCACGCCAUCCUCUUAUCACCUGCAGCCUGCACCUAUAAGAGCCAACGAAGAUUACGGAUACAAGGAGUACCCUUAUCAAAAUUCCUCUACACCUACCGUUCAGUCCACCCUCGCCUCAUCCAUCGUCACUCCUCCCCCGCAAACGAACGGUGUUAGAAAGCGAGAAUCCCCGUUGGAUCUGUCCGUGAAGACGGUGAAGACGUCGGCGGACUCGACCGCUCAGGACGACGUAGAAACGAUCGCGACGGACAAACACGUUACCAGUUCCACCGUCGUAUCCUCGAGAAACAACAGCGCGAGGACGAUGCUGCCACCCCCUGCGCAGCCUCCUCCGCAAACAGCCACCUAUCCCGUUUACGACAAUCGACCAUCGAACAACAACACCGCAAGAAGCUUACCUCCGACUAGCAGCAACGUUCGAACGUCCACGCCUCAAACGGUCUGCGCGCCCAAGGUUGACUUUCUACCGAAUUUCAAUUCAGCGCCGCUGCGCAAUCAUCACGGCCAACCGCACGAGAAUACUCUUCAACGGAGAAGUUCGACGCAACAGCUCUACGCUCCGCCCCCGCAGUCUCAACAUCCUAAUAAUACCGCUCCACUGCCCCACAUGUCCACCUUUAAAAAGACUUUACUGCCUACCACGCAGGUGUACGACGGAGUAACAGCGCCAGCGCCUCCUCCACCGGCUCCGCCAUCCUCUUACCUGUCGGCAAACGACACGAGAUCAUCCAGGUAUCCUGCAUCCAUGUUGGAUCCCGCCAGAAUAGGUCCGGCCGCGUUGCCGCUUCAAGACUACCCGCCGUCCGAUCCGUCGAAAUAUUACCUGGACAGUAGAAAUAAAUUCGGUCAGCCUGCGCCUGUUCAGAGGGAUCGAACCGGCUGCAAGAGGCCCGGCGAGACGAUCUACGGUACCGGAGGGCCGAACAAGCAACCCAGGCUCGACAUGUGGAUCCAACAGAAAUUGUCAACAGCGAAGGCUUUGUACGAGCAACAGAAACGACAGGAGAUGAAUUUACCUGUACCUCUGCCGAACGGCACCCUGGUCGCGCCUAACACCUACGAGCAGAGAUCGGACAGCGGUUACUCGUCGUCCGAGUCGUCGAGGUAUCAGCAAGCGUACUGUGAUAAGAGGAGCUACGCGGAAUCGAAGGUUCCUCAUAGUUCGCCGGCGUACAAUCAUCCGGUUAUCGCGAAACCCGCGAACGUUCACUCUCUGCCCCAAUCGCCGAGCACCGGUCAUUCCGCUUAUCCGAAUUAUCGUCCGAGUCAGAAGGCAGCAGUUCCGCCGCCCCUCGGCGCCGCUUCUGGCGGACAACCAGCGGAACCACCGAGCAACACCGGGGCUGAUAAACGAGUACUCAGUUUGCUGAGGAACAGCCUGGAAAAUAAACAACAGAGGGAGGAACAGCUGAACAGCCAACAGCCUAUCCUGGCUAACCAUGGUCAACAGAGUUUCCAGAACAAGGUUGUUGCACCGGUCGAGCCGAAAACGAACAUCGGAAGACACAACCUGUCACCGUUCACAGCGGCGAGUUUGCUGGAACGAAACAGCAACACGCCGCCCCAUUACAAGUUCCAUGUGCCGAGAGCCAUAGACUCGAUCACUCAGGAGGCCCCCCGUAGCUUGUACGGCUCCAGAGUAAAUUCAUCCGCCACGCUACCUGGCAAGGAAGCACUCCUGGGACCCCGAGGAGCGGAGAAUCAGAUCCACCGUGACAAAGACGACGGCCUCGCCGCCAUAUUAGCCGCCAAGAUCAGAACUAAGGCGGAACUUAAACAGGUGGGAACUGGCCACUUCACGAGCAAGCCAACGACCGUACCCUCUCAAGAUUCCUCUUCAACGCCGAAGGAACCGGAUAGCGCUGCGUCGACGUCUACACCGCAAUCUGGCUCAUCGGCGGGUAGCCCGCCAAAGUUGACCCGCGAAAAAGUCGCCUGUCUACCACCGAGAAGACGGCUGUUCUCCAGAACGGAAGAAGAGAACAUGCCGGUGGCCGCGACGGUUCCUGUUCCAGUUCCUGCGCCCGCGAUCGCUUCAAGCGUGCCAGCGCGAGCCAGCGGGUUCAGAAGUUCCUCGGAGACUUCGGUCUUCGACUUCAGGGAAAGCGAUUCCGAGGGUGAGAUGCCGGUCUUGGAACGACAGACACUCGAGGAGAUGAGGAGGGACAGGAAACAGCUGACCAAAGUGCAACCACCGGUUCCUCUCAACGAUGCUAUGUGUAUGAGCAUGACCUCGUCGACGGAUCUCGUGAAAAUAGAGUUAAAGGAGAACGACAAGAUCACCGAGGUGGACACGUUCUGGUCCAGCACGUGCGACAAGUUCAUGGAACAGCUGCGAACCGGGGACGCGAUGAAGAAACGAAUUCGCAAGAAGAAAGUAAGCUGCACGAUCACGUCGAAACUCGAGGACACUGGCAACGAGAGCAGCAAAGAGUCCGAUCCCAACACGUCUCAGAUCAAACCUGAGGACAUUAAGAAGGAGAUAGAGGAUGUUGGAUCCCCGGUGGACGUCAAAGACGAAUCCCCAAAAAUACCUAUCAAGGAAGAGGAGACUCCGAUGAUUAAGGAAGUGAAACUGGAACUGAAGGUCGAGCCAGAGGUCUGCAAAGAGGAUACCAAGAACUCCAGUGACGAGGAGGUGCCGCUUAUUCGACGGACCAAGAGGAAAGGUAAGAAAGACGAGAGCGAUUGCGAAGAGGAAUUAAUAUCCAGGAAGAGGAGAGUUCGUCGAGGGAGCAGAAUCAAGUUGCAGUCGUCCAGUGGUAGUGAAUCUUCCAGCGAAGAGAGCGAUGCCAGUACCGAAUUCGGACCUGGUUCCACCGUGGCUGACAGGUUGAGAGCUAGAAAACGCAGCACCACGAACAACGUAGACUCCGAGGGAAUGAAACUGAGAUCUAGGGAUACAACGCCACAGAAAGCAAAAGGGGAAAAAGAAUCGAAAGGCUCUACCUCGAAGACAACCGCGACCACCCAGAAGGGUAAACCGAAGCCUCUCUUCGGGGAUGGUAGUGAUUUUAGGCCUGGCUGGGAGGAGGAAGUAUACGUGUACAAGAAAUCAUUAAGGAUGCCACCUAGAUUGAUAACUGUAUCGAAACCGUCGAGGUUUCACAGGUUAUCCACCUCGUUACCUGACCUGGACCCAGGAUCUCCCGCGUUGUCCGUGUCGAUGGACAGUUCUGACGUGUGUUUGGGUAGGAAAAAGGUCGUGGACAGUGAUGUGGAGUCAAACUACAGCUUCAGCACCGCGACGUUUGGACUAGGUAGCAAGAUCGACGACGAAGAAGCAACCUCCUCUACCACGAUCUCUUGUCCUCCGAAGGCUAUGAAACACUCGAAGACAGAGGGUAGUUCUAUCGUUGACGUUCUAGCUCAGAAAGUCGGUACCAGUAAGAAGGAGCAGAAGAGGAAACAGAAGGAGAAGUUGGAUAAGAACGGUGGCAAGCUGCUUCAGAAAGGUAGCAACGAGCCGGAACUACUUCCGACCCCGAGUCUGACGCCUUUGCUGGAAACAUCGAAAGGCAAGUCCCCUGUGAAAGACAAGUUACUGAAGCCCAUCAAAGUGACCGACUCGUUCUUGCUCGGCUACUUCCGCAAGGAAACUGUUAAUAACUUCCGAGACACGUUCAAGAACAAUCACGCUUUACCGAACGAGUUCUCCACGCUGGUGCUGAAGAGCAGGACGAGGACCGAGACGCGGGUGCUGAAGAAACAGGCAACGAUCAGGGAAGUAUUCGGCGAGGACAGACCAGCUUCGGCGCCUCCGAUGCAGAACCACGAUGACACUUCUCAGGACGAUGAUUCGCAGAACGAGACACCGGAGAACACGUUGGGCAAAGUGAAGACGUUGAAACAGAAAGUGGUCUCCCGUUUGAAGAACGUCGGCAUCUUGAGGAGUCACAAAGCGAUCAUGAACUCAAAACGUCAUCUGUUGAUCGCGAAGAGACGAAAGGAUCUGUUGAAAUCGUUGGCCGAGAAGAAGCUGCAAAGCCUGAAGACGGAAGUUGACGAAGAGGCGACUCACGAGGAAACGAACGACGCGCAAGAAGUAGAGAACAACGAGCUAGACGACGAGACCAACGAGUCGGAAGUUCCUAACAAGAAGAAGCUCAAACUACGGACCAGCCGGCGAAAGUUCCGCUCCGGAUUCGACUAUAUCCGUAAAAAGAAGAAGCCGUUGAAGAAGGACGAAACGUUACCUAAAGAGAGAAAGAGGCAAGUACUGGCGAGGCCGAGUCCAGAAUGCGUUGCAGACAUUCAAUCGGAAAUUAGGACCUGGGUAAUCAAGAAGGGUGUCGGUGAAACGAUGCUGCAUCGAGCCGCGAGACUCGGUUACACGGAUGUCACGGCGUACUGCUUGGAGAAGCUGAAUAACGCACCGAGUCCCAAGGAUAACGCAGGUUACACGCCUCUCCACGAAGCGUGUUCGAAGGGUCAUCUCGAGAUCGCGAAGCUGUUGCUCGCGUACGGAGCAAACGCCAGCGAAAGUGCCAACGGAGGAAUAAGGCCACUUCACGAGGCGGCAGAAAAUGGUGCUACGGAGCUUGUACGCCUGUUACUUUCCUACGGAGCUGACCCUCUGUUGGCUACUUAUUCUGGACAAACCCCGCUGAUGCUGGCCGCGGAGACGGACGCGUACUCGAUUCUGGAGCAACAUUUGGACGACAUUCAGGGUCAUGCGAGCACGCCUUGGUCGUUCGGUGGUCCAUCUACAAUUUUCGACCCGGAAGAGACCGGUUACAACCCUCUGGACGAUCCGCCGAUGAACAAUCCAGAGCCAGAGUUGGACGAAAUCGAGAUGGAAGUGAGCGACGUGAACCUGCCAGUUUUGUUCUCCCUUACCAACGAUUCCGACAAAUGGGUGCUCAUGCAGGACUUGAUGGCAGCUCUAAGGAUAAAAAGUCGGGACGCUUUGCUGCGCCAAGUGAAUCCUAAAGCGUCGUCCGGACCACCGGCUGUCGCCCAUCGCGAGGUAAUGAAAGAACUGAAGCUCCAAGAUUUCUUGGAACAAUCUCGUUGCUGCCACUUGCUCAGCGGUGGCGAGAGGAUCAACGUGCGCGGCUCGAAGGUGACUCUGAUCAAGUACAACGAUAAAGUGAGGUCCCUGUUGAACGCGGAGAAGGUGGUGAUCAGUCUCAGGUGACAGGAGGCGUCACUGGGGCGGUGUUCACCCCAGGCUAAACCGUCGACUUCCAGCGCGAAGGAAGCAUCGAAGAAGAACUCGAGCGUUUCGCCGAAACGCGAGAGGCAAGGCAGAACGCGACAGGGUAACAAGACAGCUAUCGCGGAUUGAAAAAACGUGGCUGAACUGUCCGAUGUCCAGGUUUCAAGCACCUGUAACACACAUCGAAGUUUCCUUCUUAGUCCGUGAUUAUUGAAGCACAUUGUACGGCGAACAAGGUGCAUACACGAUGUGCGGUGCAAAAUCGAUUUAGGUAAAAGUUUAGAAUGGAUCGAAGAGCCGAAUACCGUCGAGUGUGUCAGCGAACACAGUGACACAAUGUUUAAUUAUUAGCAGUAUUUAUUGGCAGAUGUUCUACGCUACUAUUUGCGGAUUACAGUGAUAUUUUAUUGACAUACUGCGUGAGACGAGCUGACGCGAUGAUCGGGUUUUUAAAUACAACGCUUCUCUACGAAGAUUGUCGUCGUUCCUGUCCGAGCAUACUUGUACCAUAUUUCGAUAACUACUUAAUCAAACGACUCGAUUCGAACGCAAGCCGAAUAGCUUGGGAGCAAAAACCUCGCGAGAAGAAUUACUCGAGACGAUAUCAUACGAGAUUCUUCGAAAGAUAUUUUUUUUAUCGUCACCAUAGGAAAUGCUGGUAUGUUUUUACGCGCUCCUGUUUCGAAUUCGAUCGUUGGUUCGGAUGAAUUGAUACUCAAGAGAUAGGUUUUCAAAGAUGUACGAGAAACAGACACUGUAAUAAUUGUAUAUUCUUUUACGUUCUCGACACUUCGAUCACGUUUGUUGCGUUAGCUGUUAAUAGAAAACGAGACAAUUUAACUCGUAACAUCGAUACGUCAUCGAGAGUUUUUCUUUUUUUUUUUUCACGUUACCACAUUGUUAGUUUCGUUUCGUUUCUCAUUUCUUGUCUAUUGCUAGCGAGUCAAUUGUAGAGUAUAAUUCGGUUGAUUAUGUUUAUCGUAUAGGUUUAAGCAAGCGUUGGAUUUAACCGUCGAAAGCGAAGCAUUUACGUUUUUUUCGUCCCCCCGUUUAUUACCGUUGUAUCUUCCUUUCCGUUCUGUUUUUAUCCUGGGAUGUGCAAUUUCGUCAAUUCGCUUCUCGUUAAACGAUUACGAGCCGACCGACGACCGAUGAACGCGAUCGAUUAAGGAAAAAGGAAAAGGGUAGGGAAAAAGAAAAAGAGGAAUCGUUGGAUCACGAACGUGUUAUCGGACAGCGAUCGGAUCGUCCAGUGUUCACUGUGCAAUAACCCUCGUCAAACCGGCGACGAUUGGUUCUCAAAUUAGCGAUUUCCGUUGACCAUGUUACAAAUUAAGUUUAAUUGUUCGCUUUAGAAGCAGGAGGACGAGCGAUCGACGCGUUCACUGUUGCCUAAUUGUAUCAAUUUUAACGUUUGUCCUCUCUAAAAUAUAUAUUAAUAUUGUUUAAGUUUUUCCAUUUCCUUUUUUUUUUUUAGAGUUCCAUCUAGAUGUGUUGAAUAUUAACGUACUUCCUCGUUAUUCUUGAUUUUAAUAUAAAUUAAACGAUAUUCUUAAUUGAAUGUUUCAUUGAUUAACCCUCGAACGAUGGAUCGCUGAAACAGUUUAACAAUUUUUUAUUUUAAUUUUCUUAGUUUCAGAUCGAAAGUCUUCCGUUUAAAAAUGUUUUAGGUCACGAUUGACCCUGCUCCACCGGUCGAGGGUUAACGAAGAAUCAAUUUCUCGAUGUGAUACGUGAUUUAGCGAUCGAGUUAUCACGUUCAGCAGUGAACGCGUUAAUAAUCGACGCGAUACGAUACAUAAGGAGUUUUAAUGAAAAGGAAAAAGAAAUCUAUUUUAAGCGUCGACGGACCCGAUGUAUUCACGUACUUACGAAUAGAAAGCUCCUUACGUGUUGCAAGCUUCAAUAUGCGUUAUUGUUUAUCGUAAACCAUACUAGCGCGCGUUUCAUUUCACUUUGCAUACACAAGAUUUUCAAUUGUUACGAUCAGUCUCAGGGAACUGUCUAUCUGUAUGCGUAAUCGCGAUUAUCCUAUGCGUUCAAUGGAUUGAAUAGAAACGCGGCCAGGCAUCAUCCGUGCUCGAUCAACGUACGAACGUUUAUUAAGGAUGUUUUUAAUUUAAUUAGUCCACGGGUGCGGUGUAAAAUAGACGAGGAAACGUGUACGAGAAUUUGAUCGAGCACAGAUCCCCUCCUCGUUUGCUGGCCGCGCUCUCGCUGCUGCUCGUUAAUUUUAUUUAGCUGAUCAUUUACACGGAUAUUAAACGCGGACAGUGGUGUGCAGUUAACGCGUGUACAUACCUAUUUUCGAAUAAGAAACGACGCGCGCGGUCUACGGCUAAUCAGGGCCCUCCCCCGUUUCGCAUCGCGGCGUAAAAGCUCGUCGGUUAUCCGUGUAACGAGCGGGGAUAACGGGUGAAAUUAGAAGAGAACGAAUAACCCGCAAAGGUGCAAGAUAGAUGUGGGAGUGGACGAGUUUUGAAACGGUAAUCGAAACACAUACACUUCUGUGUACGUAUUGUGCGUAAUGUACCUUUUUAAAUGUAAAGUAGACGAGAUACCGAGCAAUAGCGUGUAAGUAGAAGAAAGACGCUUGUUCAUAUUAUUAGGGGCGUCUGUCGCAGGUGUAAUUGCGUAUAAGAAUGCAUACAAAACGAUGAGAACAGUACCGGCGUUUUAGAGAAACUUGCGUUAUUUCGGCGAAACCUUGAACAGAAAGGGUUGCGCCAUCGGGGUCUUGUAAAUGUAUAUAUAUAAAAUCUUUCUCGCAAUAUAGGGGCUACGCAGAUACUACCGUGCUACUAAUUAUUAUUAAUUAAUUAAUUAAUUAUUAUUAUCGUUAACUAUUUACUAUUACCGGUCACCGAUUACUACGACUACUACGAUUACCGCUAAUUACUAUUACUAUUUGCCACUACCACUGCUACUACUAUCACUACCGCUACCGACGACAAACUAUUAUAUAUUAUUAAUUACCAUUGUCACAACUAUCCGCUUUUUUUAUUGUACGAUAUAUACAUAAUAGCGAACUAUGAAUGUACAUUUUCUUAGCUGUAACGUUCUACCCCCAUCCCCUUACCCCCAUCUCGAUUGUAAUUUAUAAUUAAUAUAAAAGGAUACAUCUAAAUGUGUUAAAAGGAAAAAAAAGUGAAGAAGAAAACCGCUACUGCUUUGCGAGAAGAAGGAAUUCUAUGUGAGAGAAGAACAAAUAUAUAUAUAUAUAUAAAUAUGAAUAUAUAUGUAUAUAUACGUACAUAUACAUAUAUUUUAUUUCGACAAAAAAGAUUUAAUUUAAUGGAUAUGAUAACGUUAGAAACGCGACGGUGAUGUAUGCAAAUUAAAUUCUCUCUGUGAUUCGUCUAAAGAAAUAUGUAACUAAGGAAGUAGAAAAGAAAAAAUAACGAAGAAAAAUGGCAAAAGAGUUAUUAUCAUUUAACAAGCAUUAAUUAGUAUUAUUAUUGUCAUUCGUCAUUGCUCCGUACCAUCAAAAGUUUAGCGAAGAAUAAAAAAAAAAGAAAAAAAGUUAAAAUGGAACGACAAACUCGAUUUUCGUAAUGAACUCGACUCGUGAAUUUUCUUUUCGCUAAUAACAGUAACGAGUUAUCCUAUUGAUGUAAUAAAAAAACAAGUAUUUUUACCGA